GGAAAUGCUCUUGUCCUCCAGCUUGACGCUAGCAAAUCUACCAGCUGAAGCAGCAGGACUGGAAAGCAGAGUCAUGGUGGUGAAGAAGAAAACUGCCAAAGUUGAGGCUGUGGUGCUGGAAGAGGAGAAGCUACACAAGCUGAUAGUGUCCCUCUCUAUUGAUGGAGGAGACGAUGGAGUCCGGCAGGUCGCCCAAACCCUGCAGUCCUGUUUGGAGCUGACAGAGCCAGUGCAGCAGAUCCAGCUGGUUAAAAAGGCAGGGUCCCAGCUUGAGGCCCUGAAUGAAGAGCAGUCUGACGGAGUUCUUUUAGAUGCUUGUCUACACACUCUAGCUCUGGUCUACACCUCCCUGCAGGCAAAGAACCCCCUAAGACGAGCCAUUGCCAGUGCCUUGGGUUCAGCACCAGAAUGGCUUCAGGAACACACUGUAAACUCUUUGUCCGUGUGUUUGUCUGAGUGUAUGUCCAGCUCACCUUCAGAGCAGUAUUCACACAUCGUAGACACCAUCUCUGCCUUUCUGGAUGGCUUCCCUCUCGGUGAGCGAUGCAUUAAGAAACUGCUACCUGAAGUGCUGCUGUUUCUUCACAAGGUAUUGAGUGAAUACCUUCACCAGAACAGUGGUCUAGCAGGCCGUCAUAUUGCCCAGGCCCAGCUGAUGCAGUCCUGUUUGGCUGCAGUGAAGACUUCCAUGCUGGUGGUCCAGAGAUCUCAGGACACCCUCAGUGUAACCCUGCAAGCUGACCAGGACCACUGCAAGUUGGAGGACACACUGGGCAGCCUCCUUGGCUGCUAUAUGCAUAUCCUCACUGAUGAGGAGUUCAUCCAGUCAGUCCAGAGUACAGCUGGCAUGGCAGUAGUGUUACUGAUCAGGUCUGUCAUGGGCUUUGGAGACGACGUUGCUUCUGUGGUGUGCAGUCUGCUACGUAGCUCAGUGCAGGGUUUUGAUGCAUCUCCUCAGUGGCUCAAACAGAAGUGUGAGGGUUUGUGUACAAGUGGACGCCCACCAGGUGUCUCUCUGUAUCUGUGUCAUGGGGCUCUGGCGAUGUUGAACUGGAAGGGUGCUCUCCCAGGACCCCAGUGGGAACAACUGCUGCUGUUGGUCCCAAACACGCUGCUGGAUCUAGAUGUCAGCAUAAAGGAGUCCUCUACAGCCAUGGUGGUGGCUCGUGUGCUGACCCUGUGGAGUGGUGCUGCCCUGGAUUGUCUGCAAGGGGAAGCACGGCUCUGCCCUCCCAGCCUCCAGCAGCCCCUCAGUGGAGGCUCUGAGUUGCAGCGACACCUGCUGGAACACAUCUACUCUCACUGGGAGCAUCCGCUGGACGGUGUCCGCCACCAAACCCGCUCCCUGUUCCGCAACCUCCUCCUCCUCCAUCAGCACACCAACCCGUCUAUUUCUGACCCAACCAAGGACCCUUAUAUCACGGACCUCACCCAAAAUCUGCUGGGACUGGAGUGGCACAUGAGGGGGAAAUAUGGCUCCUUGGGCUGCCUGGUGGAGCUCUAUGGGGCAGGGUACCUGUUGGACAUCCAGCCGUGCCUGCCUUCGUGUCUCUUGGGCCUGAUGGGUGACCAGACAUUAGCUCCUUAUGCCAGCGACCUGCUGGAGAGGCUGUUUGUCAGCCACAAGGCACAGCUAGCGAGCACUGCUGGUACUGAUGCAAAAAUGGAGGACUGGAUGGAGCAGUGGCACCAGACGUGGGUAACCCCCCUGCUAUAUGUCCUGUGCCGGGCCAGGCUGGACCAGACCACAUACAUCCUGGACUACUUCCUGCCCAAGCUGCUUCGGUGCAGCCCCUCCAGUCUGACACACAUGGUGCAGGCCUUACAGGACACACCGCCCUGCAGCACAGGUCCUUCAGGCAGCAGAGGUGCUCUGGGAGCACUGAUGACAUGUCUGCGGGCAGCCAGGGCCCAGGGAGUCUUACCGUCCACAGAGGAGGGUCUGUGGGGAGGACUGGUGCCCCUCUCCCUGUUCCAACAAGCACUCAUACACAAACAUGAUCAAGUGAGAAUGGACGCUUUGGGUUUAGUGUGUGAGAGCCAUCGCAGCACUGAGGUUCUGACCUCAAAGGAAAUGAACCUGAUCCGCCACUUUCUUAUGCCUAAUCUUAACAGCCAAUCCCCAGGAAUCAGACAGCAAACAGUCAGCCUGAUGAAGAAGUUGCUCUGCAGAGUGAAGGACAGCACUCAGCUGCUGCAGAAGAGACUGACCCAGGAGAGAGAUGAGGAGCAGAGAGAACAAGACCAAAACACACUGCAACAGUAUAAGGCGUUCCUGCGCUGGCUGUGUGUAACGCUGCUGGAGGUUUUGCUCCCUGGAGCGUCCUUCUCUAAAUGCCUUAUGUCCCUCCACCUGCUGGGUCUGCUGGGUCAGCUCUUCACCUUCAACACUGGCCCUGAUGAUGCGUUUGCUCUUGGAGACGUUGUGACCUCUGCACAUGCUCAGAAUGUCCUUUACUGUGUUGCCAGCAAUUUCCUGGAAGUCAAGCAACUGGCCUCAGUGUUACUGUGGCAGCUUCCUCCAUCAGCUGUCGGCCUUCAGGUGCCAGAUAGGAUGUGUUGCGUCCUUCAGGCUUCUCUGGACCUCAGUACAAGCAACAAACCUUUUGACAGUGUUACAGCAGCCCACCUGCUCAACCUUCUUCUCCACCAGCCAGACCUGAGCCAGGCUCUGUUGCACUGUGCCCAGAAACAGGGCCUUGAUUUCCAGCCUUCCUCCCCACCGGUCCAGGCUUCUGAGAAACCCAUCUUGGAAAUCAACACUUUGGCAGUGGUUCGGUUCCUGCUGUGCUGUCUGCAGUCAGAGGUGUCGAGGGCUGAGUCAUCUCUCUUGCAGGCAGCUGCUUCCUUUCCUCUCUACGGCAGAGCUCACUGCAUCACUGCUGUCCUACAGCAUCUAAACACUGAGAGUUUGGUUGACACUGAGCAAUGGAGAUGUCUGGUGUCAGAGCUGAUCACUGUGUGCUACAGGAUGUCUGAUGUGGUCUCCCCUGUAGUCCAGAGCUCCUCCCCAGAAGGACUCAUUCCCAUGGAUACUGAUUCAGAGACCUCAGCUGGUCUACAGAGGAUCCUGCAGGAGAUUCAGCCCAGGGACACCAAUGAUUUCUUCACCAGGGCGAGAGAGCUGGACACACACCAAGAAGAUGAUUGCACACCGACCCAAACCACACACACACCAUCCCUCAACACAGGCGGUGAGGGCUACAGGGUGACAGCCCAGAUGGUGCUGGUAUGCUGCUGGCGGAGCAUGAAGGAAGUGGCCAUGCUGCUUGGACAGCUGUGUCAGAGUCUGCCUCUGUAUUACACCAAUGACGAUGCACAUACACACACCGGGCUCAUCACAGAAGAACAGGUGGAGGGGGUAGGCCUGUAUUUCCGUCAGCAGCUCCUGCAGUCCCGUCAUCGUGGCGCCUUUGAACUGGCUUAUGUGGGCUUUGUACGCCUCACCGACAUGCUGUGCAGGAGUGGAAGUCAGGCCCUGCAGCAGCUUCCUGCCCGCUGGCUGUCUGAGGUUCUGGCAGAGGUCAAAUCCAGUGACCCAUCAUCUAAACUGUGUGCCACACGACGCAGCGCUGGAAUACCUUUCUACAUCCAGGCUCUGCUGUCCUCUGAGCCCAAGUCGUCCAGCUGCAGUCUGUUGAAGAUGACCAUGAGAGAGCUGAUUGCUCUGGCCAUGCCCUCUGCUGACAGGAACACUGACAGCUCCACUGUGCCUCAGGUCCAUGCUCUGAACAUCCUCAGGGCACUGUACAGGGACACUCGUCUGGGUGAAAACAUUAUUCCCUUUGUCUCAGAAGGAAUGCAGGCUGCUGUUUUAGGCUUCACCUCUCCUGUGUGGGCAGUGAGGAACUCCUCCACUCUUCUCUUCAGCACUCUGAUCACAAGGAUUUUUGGAGUGAAGAAAGGGAAGGACGAACACUCAAAAAAGAACAGGAUGACAGGGAGAGAGUUCUUCACUCGUUUUCCAGCUCUCUAUCCGUUUCUCCUGAGCCAGCUGGAGGAGGCUGCAGCCACAGUGGAAAGUGACAGUGGUCAGGUGAAGCUACACCCCAGUCUGUUCUUGCUGCUGCUGGUUCUCAGCCGCCUCUACCCUUCACCAAUGGACGGAUCUUCUUCGCCUCUCGGACUCGCUCCUUUCAUGCCCUUCAUCAUGAGAUGUGGUCGCUCUGCUGUGUAUCGGACCAGAGAAAUGGCGGCUCGGGCCCUCGUCCCCUUUGUCCUGGUCACCAAGGUCCCGUCCGCUGUCUGUUCUUUAGUGCUGGAGCUUCCUCUACAACCAGGACCCAAAAUCCAACACAACCACAUCCAUGGGACUCUGUUGCAGGUGCUGUUUCUGCUGCGCUCCUACCAGACUGACUCACACAGACCCCUGCCAGCAGGAAGUGGCAUUGGCGAAGCCCUCCAUCAGCGCAUGUGGCUCGCUUCUCGACAGAACAGCUGUGUGGUGACCAGAGGAGCCUUUCUGGAUGUGUUGGUGUGUCUGUGUGGGCCGAAGAUCAGCCUUCUGGAAGAUUCUGAGGUCUGCACACUGCGUCAGAAGACUCUGUCCGUCCUGAUGUCCUCAGAACUGGUCACCUCUGACACCACCUCCGCUGCCCUUGUGCCUGGCAGCACCCAGUACCUUCUCAGCUUGGCCCAGGUGGCCCUCAGUGCCAGCGUGGAGUCCCCUGAGCUGUGGGACAGUUCUGAGCUGACGUCCCAGCUCCUGGAGCAUCUGCUGCGAUGUCAACAGUACGAGGUGAGGGAGCUGGCAGUGGAGGGGGUCCUGAGGAAGCUGGAGGAGGAAGAGGACAAGAGGAGCAGACCUCAGUGGCUGUGUGAGACCACCCUGUCUAACCUGACCAGCCUGGCUCUUCACGAGACACACCCCCAGUGUCUGGCCAAGGUCCUUCAGACGUUGUGUGUGGUGAGCUCCAGCGGUGAGCUUCUGUGGAGGGAUGGAGUGAAGACUUUAUCACAGGAGGACACUCUGCUGUAUCUCCUCACUCUGGCUCAGAACUCUGCUCACAGCGUGGAGCUCCACUGUGCUGCUCUGACGCUGGUGUCUCAACUGGUGGUUCAGUUGGUGAACUCUGACCCUCAGGGUGCGAGUGCAGUGGCGUGUUUAGCUCAAUGGGGGGCGCUGGUGUGCUCAUGUUGCAGCGAAGAGCAGCCGGUGGAGGUGAAGCUGAUGGCUGCCAAAGUGCUGGUUAACUGUACAUCCACCCUGCUGACCAGCCCUCAUCUGCCACUGGGUCUGUUCACUACCAUGUCACUGUGGAGGAGUCUGUUCGUGUUGCUGCAGGAUGAGGACCAGGAAGUCCGAGAUUCAGCAUCUGACUUCAUCUCCAAUGUUCCAGCACGUCUGCUCAGUGCAGAUGUGGGCGGUGUGUCCAUGUGUCCCCCGGCAGCCCUGGACUCCGGUGUGGAGCUGCUGUGUGGAUUGUUGGCGCUGUGGAGGCAGAUACCAGCCGGCGUCCUCGCUCUCACUGAGUGGCUGCUGGGAGAGGACGAAGGCAACGAUGACGAAGCUUCCAGUCUGGAUGAAGAGGACUUCCUGUUUGAGAAGGGGGAUCUGAACCUGUGGGCUGAGCCGGUCCAGUGGGUCAAGCUGCUGCACAGACACCUCAGCACCCUCACCAUGACCUCCAAGCAGACCCAGGGACCGGGAAGUGCAGGGCUGGAGCAGGUCCACCGAAUCCACAGCCGGGCCCAGGCCAAGGCUCUGAGCUCCCAGCGGGCCCUGGACUCCCUCCCAGCCCUGCCUCAGUUCUCCUGCACCAUGGAGCACGCCCGGCUGACGCUGCGACAUCAGAGGGCCACACUGGCUCUGGAUGUGCUGGAGAGGCUAAAGGAGUUAGCGGGGUUUGCCUGUAACGGCACCAAUUGUUCAUAAGUUAAGUAAUCACACAAACUUUAAUGAACCGACAGAGGUGACCACAGACUGGCUUUGUGGGGAAGUCUUUUAAUUAUCAAGUCAAAGUAAAAAAGGAAAGAGGAUUUUGUUUUUUUACUUUCUACUGUCUUUUCCUAAUAUGUCUUAGAACUGUUGCUCCCACUGGUUGUUUUUUAAUUUGUAUGAUUACUGUUUCUUCAUUUGUAUUCCACUGUUCUUCUAAAAUGAAAGCGAUAAAACUGAA